AUGCCUCCACGAGAAGAGAGCAGCACAGACUUCUUUCCAGAUUUUGUUGGCAGUGAAAUGCUUAAGUUGACAUUCAGUAAAGGACCGAAAAACUAUCAAGGAUUUGUUCUGGGGAGAGAAUCGCAUACAUGCGACAUUGUUCUAGCCUCACAAACAUCGCCAGACGUCAGUGGAUCCCAUUGUUUUUUGACAUUCAACGAGUAUGACCAACUUAUUCUUCAUGAUACGUCCACCAACGGAACAAUUGUUAGCUACAAUGGGAAAGGUGCAGAGAACCGCAAGAAAUUCUCUUGGAUCGUUGCUGGGCAUCCCGUCCCCGACGAAGAAAUGCACGACAUUGUUAUCCAGCUGGGUAAAGAUCUCUCAUUUCGAAUUGUAUGUGCCAAGCGUACAAAUGAAGAGGAAUACACAGCCAAGAUCCGCCAAUUUCGCAGCGAUUUGGAAAAGUUGGAGGAAUCAGCCCUCGAUAGUCUAAAUCUAGAGAGCAGACUCAUAACUGCCCACUACACCCAGUCGCAUUCCCCCCGGCAAGAGCCUCUCCUCCUGGCGUUAUCAGAACUCGGCAGGGGCGCCUUUGGUGUUGUCACUUGUCUCUGGGAUGUGAGUUGCGGCGUUACCUAUGCACAAAAGACGCCCUUAGCGGCCCAAACGAAGCACAUGGCCCAAAGCGAACACGAUCAGCUUAUAGAGGAAUGGGGGAACGAAAUUGACCUGCUGAAAAGCGUUUCACAUCCUAUCGGCUCUGGAAUAUUUACAUGGACUGAGCCCGCCCAUUGCGCAUCGAGAUACAAACCACAAAAUAUUCUUGUUUUGCAUCGUGACCCUCUUCACAUCAAACUUGCAGAUUUUGGCCUUGCAAAAGAGGGUUCCCUGCGGACAAAAUGUGGCACACAGCGUUACUUCCCCCCUGAGAUCGCUGAACGCUCACGCUAUUGGAAAUACCGGGAACUGUAUACACACGCAGUUGAUAUUUGGUCGCUUGGGGUUGUCAUUCUAGAAUUGACUCACGGCCUUCCUUCUGGCGGAGCCCGAGACCCCGACUGGGGUAAUAAAAUCAUCGACAAAGUCAACUCAUCGCCAGAUGCGAUAGCUGAAUUCUUGUCUACCGCCAUGAUAGUCAAGGAUCCAGCGAAACGGUAUUCAGCAAGUCGAUGUCUUGAUGAAGCAAAACAGCUACUUGCUCCCUCCCGAACUGGUCACCAAACCCCGACCGCCACUUCUUAUGCCGCUGGAAGCAAAACAACAGCAAUUUUCCGUGGUGUCGGGAAGCAGCUUACAACACCACAUAGCCCUGCAUCUCCGAUACGUAAAAAGCAUUCUCGGGUGCUGAGAUCGUCGUUGACAUCACCGACAAGCACUAUAACGCCCCACAAACGUCACCCAGCAACCCUUCAUGCUCGUCCGUACGAAGAACAGCUCCGAGUGCAGGAUCCAGCUUGUGUUGUAUCUUCCCCCGCCCAAUUGGGCCGACAAGAUCCAUCUGACUGGGAUAUACCUCCCCACCCUAGUCUCCCCCAGAGCAUCCUUCAGAAUGAAUAUGGGUCGCAAAAUAAUCCGGAAGCGUACCAGCAGACAAACGAGCCGUAUUAUCCGACGAGGCCAUUGCAACCCUUCUUGAACAACGCCACGACUAGCCCUUCUCCACCUUAUGUCCCCGCAAGCAUUCAUCACUAUGGAUUUGGACCACAGGAUGAUUUCGAAUGGUAUCAGCAGACGACUGGGCAACAACAAUCAGCAGGAUACUCGCAAACCUCAAGCAACGCCAUGACUGAGCCUUCGCGACACUACCCCCCCGCCCCACCGGGAAGCAUGCAUCAGUAUGAAUAUAGAUCACAAAAUGAUUUUGAAGGGUGCCAGGUCCAGCAGGCAAAUGUGCAGCACCAGUCAACAAGGCGGUCGCAGAGGCAUACAUCCAGGUCUACACCAGGUGAAGAGGAUGUGUCUCGUCGAUCACGCUAG